UGUUCGCCGGCCUUUCUCCUCCACACGCGGCAGUUCUAUAAAACCCUUCAAACCCCCAGCACUCUUAUCUGUCUUUCUCCUAAUCCCCUCUCCGCCAUGGAAGCUCUCGACUUCGUUAAGCUCCAUAAUCUCUAUGCCCAUUUUUCCUCCAUUGUUGAAACUGCAUAUAAUCUGAAUCGUUCUCAUUUUCAUGGCGACAAUCACGAUGAAGAUUCAUUCUUCGAUUUGGAUUUCGUCUCUCUUCCAACAUCAGAAACCGGCAAAUCUCCCGACGAGAAGAAUCUCACACGCUCCAGCGAAAACGAACUCUGUUUCACUCAACGGAAUCUUCUUCUCUCCCAAUCUGAUCUCAUCUCCAAACGAAAAAUCCUUCCGAUUGAACUCAGUUCGAAGCCAGAGUCUCCUGUUUCAGUUUCGGUUCUAAAAUCGGCACCUAGACUCUCAAUUUCCUUGUUCAAGAAGCCGAAAUUAAUGGCGAAACAAAAGACGGACGAAACAGAGCCGUCGUCACUCAAAUUACAGAGCACAGAGAGCAAACGAUUCGCCUUCAAACUGAACAGACUUAACAGUUCCAGAAACAAUAAUCGAAUUGAUGCAUCUGAGCGUCAAUCGAAGAGAUUCUCCGGAGAAGGAAUACAGAAGUAUCUGAAAUUAAUCAAGCCUCUGUACGUGAAAGUUUCGAGGAAACAAAACUACAGAUCGUCGCCGGUAUCUUCACCGGUGACAUCAAUUGAUGAGAAGCAGAGGAAUAUUGCGAUAGGCAUUCGAGUGGUUUGUAGGCGUCUAGGGAGGAGUAAAUCAUCAUCAUCGGCGACUGGAAUGGCCGUAUCGCCAACAAAUCGGCGAGACGAUUCGCUUUUGCAGCAAGACGACGGGAUUGAGAGCGCCAUUUUGCACUGCAAGAGGUCUUUCAGCGCUAGCAGAGAUGAUGUUGAUGGAACUUGUGACGAUAACCUGUCCGGGACUGGCGAUUUGCAGAAGCAGAAGACGGGAACAGAUGCUUUCUCAGAAGCCAAACAAGGCUAACAGCGUUGAAGAGAGAGAGAGAUUGUGUGUGUGAAAGUUUUUCGGGUUUAGCUGUAAAAAGAUGAAAAAAUCUUAGAAUACACUAUCAGUUGUCAUGAGGUUUUUGAGAAGCAGAAACUGAAAGCAAAGCCACGAGAGCUUAUCAUACCAUUGUGGUGUGCGAAAGUUUUUCGGGUUUAGCCAUAAAAAGAUGAAAAAAUCAAACUGAAUUAGACAGUGCAUGACAGUUUUCGUUUUUUCUUUUCUUAGAAAACGAUAAACAGUGACUCGGUGAGUCUUGUAGUGGCUGACUCGCUCCGUCGUGUAUUUACUAAAUAAUAUUUAAAAUUCAUGAUUUCUAUUUUC